AUGGCCCCCACGACCAACAUCUUCCGCGCUUCGCGGCCCAUCUUCCAGCAGCAGAUGUUCACCGGUGCCGCCGGCGCCCGCACCCGUGCCGCCUUCCAGAACCCCGCCUUCCGCGCGAGGAUGUUCCGCGAGGGUUCCAAGCGCUGGCAGAGCGCCGACGCCGGCGCCGAGAGCCAGGCUCAGCAGAGCUGGUUCAAGCGCAUGUGGGACAGCCCCAUUGGCUUGAAGACGGUGCACUUCUGGGCGCCCGUCAUGAAGUGGGCAAUCGUCCUCGCCGGCAUCUCCGACUUCUUCCGCCCCGCUGAGAAGCUCUCCCUGACCCAGAACGGCGCCCUCACGGCGACGGGCCUCAUCUGGACCCGUUGGUGCUUGAUUAUCAAGCCCCGCAACGUCCUCCUCGCCACCGUCAACUUCUUCAUGGGCAUCGUCGGCAUCAUUCAGGUCACCCGUAUCCUGAUGUACGAGCAGUCCAAGAAGAACUCCGUCGCCGGCGUCGUCGAGGACCUCAAGCAGGACGUCAAGGACAACGUCCCCAACCCCAUCAAGGACAGCACCUCCAGCCCUUCAUCCUAG